AAGGAAAUGUAGGCGUUAAAAACACCCUGAUAUCUGUCUUCUGUUCACUCACUGCAGAGGAGGAGAGUCUUCUCUCAGACGAUAUCCUUCUUCAUUUCACACAGAGAGAUGAGAGGAGCAGCGAUGAGUUUAACUGCAGCAGUGAGUGGAUUUAUCGUCCUCCUCCUCUCUGUGUCAGUGGUUCAGGGUCAGGGCAGCUGGAGAGUGACUUACUCUUCUCUUCAGAUCUGUGCUUAUAAAGGAUCAACUGUGGAGAUGAACUGCACCUUCACAUACCCAGAGAGGACAAAUGGAGAAGUUAACUCACUUCAGAAAACAUUCUGGUUGAGAAAAGAUGGUUAUUAUUACAAAGAUGUAGAAACAGACUCAGAGUAUUCAGGUCGUGUGCAGAAUAUCUGUGAGGGGAACAAAUGCACUCUGAGAAUCACAAACCUGAGAGAGACAGACUCGACUGAGUACAGGUUCAGAUUCAUAACAAACAAAGACAGUUAUUCUGGUCGACCUGGGGUCACUCUGUCAGUCACAGAUCUCCAGGUGAAGGUGAGCAGACCACAUGAGGCUCUGCUCUUUGAGUGUCUCAGUGGACUUUCCAGUCAAACCUCCUACAUCUGGUUCAGGAACGGACAUCAAAUCAAACAUCAAACAUCAUAUUAUUAUUAUCCACCAGAGCAGCUUCUUCAGACAGACAGUUAUUCCUGUGCUCUAUCAGGACAUGAGAAGUGCCCGUCUCCUCCAGUGUAUGCUCCAAAGCUUCUCUCUGUGUCAGUGAUUCCUGCUGGUGAAAUCAAGAAGAACAGUUCAGUGACUCUGACCUGUAGCAGUGAUGCUAACCCAGCAGCUACUUUUAAAUGGUACAAGAGAAAUCAGACCUCUAAAUACCUUCAUGAAGGAGCUCAGCUGAUCUUCAACUACAUUCAACCCUCUGACUCUGGAGAGUAUUCAUGUAAAGCUGAGAACGAUGUGGGAAAGCCGACCUAUAAAUGGAUCUCUAUUGAUGUGAAAUAUGCUCCAAAGCUUCCCUCUAUGUCACUGAGUCCCUCUGCUGAGAUAGUGGAGGGCAGUUCAGUGAAUCUGACCUGUAGCAGUGAUGCUAACCCAGCAGCUAAUUACACCUGGUUCAAGGAGAACCUGCUAAAAGGACAAGGGCAAAGUUAUUAUUUCCCGUCCAUCAGGUCUGAAGACAGAGGGAUUUACUACUGCCAGGCUGAGAAUAAACAUGGACAGAUCAAAUCUCUGCAACAUUUGUUAGAUGUCCAGUAUGCUCCAAAGCUUCCCUCUGUGUCAGUGAGUCCCUCUGCUGAGAUAGUGGAGGGCAGUUCAGUGACUCUGACCUGUAGCAGUGAUGCUAACCCAGCAGCUAAUUACACCUGGUACAAGGAGAACAAUCAACCUCUCAGUAGAGAAGCUCAGCUCGUCUUCAGCUCCAUCAAGUCCUCUGACUCUGGAGAGUUUUACUGUGAAGCUGAGAACACGCUGGGGAGAAGGACAUCCAAACACAUCUCUAUAAAUGUCAAAUGGGGAGGGAAAUCAGUGGCUGUUGCUGGAACAAUCACGGUUGUUCUCCUGGUUAUCGUGUUCCUCUCUGUCCUCGUGUGGAUCAGACAAAAGAGGGCUUCCAAUGAACCGUCUGAGGCUGAAGAGAGACAAGAACACACGGAGCAGGGACAACCAGAGGAGCAGGAAGACCUUCAGUAUGCCAGCAUACACUUCUCUAAAACCCAGGAGCCUCUGUACAGCAAUACCAGACCAGCUCAGCCCCCCAGAAGAACGGAGCAGCAGGACGUCACUGAGUACGCUGCUGUCAAAUUUACCAGGAACAGCAGCGCCAUGAGACCUCACCCCAGUGUGUCUCAUGGAUGUGAUGAACCUGUUGAUUUAACAGAGACGAGAGGAGCAGCUAUGAGUUUAACAGCAGCAGCGAGUGGAUUUGUCGUCUUCCUUCUCUCUGUGCCAGUGAUUCAGGGUCAGGCUGGCUGGGGAGUGACUUACUCCUCUACUAAAGUCUGUGCCUUAAGAGGAUCAACAGUCGUACUAAGAUGCACCUACAGCUACCCAUCCCAAUUAAAUCAUCAAUCCACUACAGUUCAGAAGUCCUUCUGGUUUACUAAAGUCCAGGAUGGAGAACCUGUAGAUCUGCAAACAGACUCACAGUACACAGGUCGUGUGACGUACAGCUCUACCUGGAAGGACUCCACUCUGACGAUCACAAAUGUGGGAAAUAGUGACUCAGCUGUUUACAAGUUCAGGUUCAUAAUAAACCAUCAAGGUGGAAGUUAUACUGGUAAUCCCGGAGUCACUUUGUCCCUCACAGAUCCAGAUCUUCAUGUGAAGGUGGGCCCAUCUACAUUCUCUUCUUGGGCAGAUCUGACGUGUGUCAGCAGUUGUACUCUCCCUCCUCAUUCCUCCUACAUUUGGUUCAAGAAUGGAGGGGAAAUUCCCACAAAAACAUCCUCGACUUACUCAGACUCCUUUGGAUAUGCAGACAGCUAUUCCUGUGCUUUAAAGGGACACCAGGAUUUCCCCUCUCCUCCAGUGUGUGUUCAUGGUAAAACCUGUAACAGAGUGAAGUACGAUGUCAGAACCAUCUGUGCACCCAAAGGCUCAUCAGUGGACAUUUAUUGUACUUACAACGGUCAUGAAGCGGUCACUUCAAAGUCCUGGUUCAGUCCUGGACGUAGUGAUCAUUGGUAUCAGUCAAAUCGUGUUCAGGUCUCUGAAAGAGAGAGAGGACGCUCCACUCUGAGAAUCUCUGACCUGAGAGAGAGCGAUUCAGCCCAGUAUCGUUUCAAAUUUACAACAAGAAGCUUUGAAUGGAGGAGCAGUUUACCUGGAACAACUCUGACUGUCACAGCGUUACAGGUUCAGGUUAAAAGGAUAAGAGCCGGUCAGCAUUUAAUUGAGGUGGAGAUGACGUGUCACAGCAGCUGCAGUGAAGUCGGUCGUCUCUCAUACGUCUGGUUCAGGAACAAACAGAAAAUAACCGGAGCUGUGACUUCUACCUAUAAAGACUGGAUUUCUCUUGAGGAUGAAAUCUCCUGUGCCUUAAACGGACAUGAUCGAUUCCCCUCUCCUUCAGUGUAUGCUCCAAAGCUUCUCUCUGUGUCACUGAGUCCCUCUGCUGAGAUAGUGGAGGGCAGUUCAGUGACUCUGACCUGUAGCAGUGAUGCUAACCCAGCAGCUAAUUACACCUGGUACAAGAAGAAUGGGAACCCAGACUUUCAACCUCUCAGUAAAGGACCAGAGCUCGUCUUCAGCUCCGUCCAGUCGUCUGACUCUGGAGAGUUUUACUGUGCGGCUGAGAACGAGCUGGGGAGGAGAACAUCUGAACACUUUAUCUCUGAUGUGAAAUAUGCUCCAAAGCUUCCCUCUGUGUCACUGAGUCCCUCUGCUGAGAUAGUGGAGGGCAGUUCAGUGACUCUGACCUGUAGCAGUGAUGCUAACCCAGCAGCUAAUUACACCUGGUUCAAGAAGAACCAAAAAGCACCUCAGGGACGAAAAGGCAUUCAUCAUUUUACCUCCAUUAGCCCUGAGGACAGAGGGAUGUACUACUGCACAUCUGAGAAUCACUAUGGACGGAUCAACUCUUCAACUCUAUUUGUAGAUGUCCAGUAUGCUCCAAGGCUUCUCUCUGUGUCAGUGAGUCCCUCUGCUGAGAUAGAGGAGAACAGUACUGUGACUCUGACCUGUAGCAGUGAUGCUAACCCAGCAGCUAAUUACACCUGGUACAAGGAGAACCAAACACUGCUUCAAGGACAAGUUGGCAUUUAUUCUUUCACCUCUAUCAGCUCCAAGGACAGCGGGAUCUACUUCUGCAGCUCUAACAAUAAGUUUGGCCAGAGAAACUCCACAGGAUUACAUGUAGAUGUGCAGUAUGCUCCAAAGCUUCUCUCUGUGUCAGUGAGUCCCUCUGCUGAGAUAGUGGAGGGCAGUUCAGUGAAUCUGACCUGUAGCAGUGAUGCUAACCCAGCAGCUACAUACACCUGGUACAAGAAGAAUGAACUCACCAUGAUAGCGUCAGGACAGAUCCUCACCAUCAAAGACAUUAAGUCUGAACACAGUGGGAAUUAUUACUGUCAAGCCCACAAUAGUAGAGGACUCUGUAACUCCACCUUUCAUUCGAUUGUUGUUUCAGGUUCAAUGAAAUCAGUAGCUGCUGGAUCAAUCACUGCUCUUUUUCUGGUUAUCAUUUUCCUCAUCAUCAUCUUCCUAUUCAUAAGAAGAAAGAGAUCCAACAAGCCUGAAGAGAGAGCAGACAACGGAGGACAGCUUCAGGUGGCUUCAGUCGGUGAAAACUCUUCGGCUUCAGCACAAAGAAAACCAGCUGAGGUACAGGAAGAACUUUGUUAUGCCUCUGUGACCUUCUCUAAAAACCAGGAAGAGCCUCUCUACUCUAACAUUUUGCAAGCCCCGCAAAACAGACCGAGACAAAGACCAAACCAACCCAGGAAGGAGGAGGAGGAAGAUUAUGAGGAUGUGGACUACACGAUGGUCAAAUUUGAGAGAGCUAGUGCGUCCACAGAGUCAAGAAGUGCGGAGGUUGUGGAUGAUCAAUCUGCACUGUACAGCAUGGUCACUAAGAAACCACGAGUAUGACCAAAGCGUUAAUGAGUGAGGGUUCUGUUACCUCACAGUGUUGAAGCAAAUAUUAAAGUACAUUUCUCUGGACCGAUUCAGUCAAUGAUUCGAUAUAAAACACAAAAACAAACAUGGUGUCUUCUACUUCCAUCAUAAACAUUUACAAGUUUGUUUUAGGGGACUGUCUUUGCUUGUUUUUUGUAUCUUGCCGUAUUUUACAUUUCUAUGAAGGCCCUUGCUAUGCUUCUUUUAAAAAUGCUUAAUAAAAGGAAUCUACACGUCCAGGAUCUGUACUGUUAGGGCCAUAUGUAAAUGUGAUGUAUUUAUGGUUAAAGAUUGCAAAAGAGCCAAACAUUAAGACAGAAAAAAAAUGUGCUGGUACAUUAUUGUUUAAUUGUGCUUAUGUUGGUUUUAGCUCAUGUUCCCCCCUCCCCCCCCCCACACACACCACCAGUUUAAAAAAAAAUCAGUGCUCAAGCUGACGUGUUAAACUGCUGAUUACAGUCAUUUACUUCAAAUAACUGGUUAUAUCUAACACUGUAUUUAAGUGCCCUACUUUUUUUUCUGAUGUAAAAAGUUGUUGUUUAAAUGCUGAUGUUUUUCACUCUUUUCUCACUCCCUGGUUCUCACUUUUGCUUUCUCUUUUUGUUUCUUGACGAUGAAUAUAGGCUACCUACUGCACUCUGAUCCUGGCACGUUUGAAUUCAUGGUGUCAUGUAAACCCACGCGGGCUGGGCAUAAAAAUGUAUGUAUGACACAAUAAAAAAAUGAAAUAAAAAACUUCAAACUUCCUCAGCCAAUAAAAUCAGAUCCCAAGCUGUAAGGGUUUGAAAAGAGUUUUAAAUGACUAAGAUCUCAUGUUGCCUUAAAUCUUGUGUUCUGCCUGGUCAAUAAGUCAUAACCUAAAACAGUCCGACACACUGCCUUGUGAAGAUUAAAAAAGCCUUUACUAUAUCGUCCAAAGCAACAAGUAACUGUUGGAUUAAAAACCCCGUUCUGUUUAUAGUUCAGUGUGCGCUGUUUCAAACGGUCUUGGUCAGAACUUCUCCUUCAGCUGUCUUCAGAUGUUUCAACUAUUUUAGUCCACAGGAAAACCACGCUGACAUCACUUCCUUACUUAAAUAAACUGGCUUUGAAUUUUUUUUAAAACGUG